AUCAAAAAUAUUCACUGUUCUGUCACGACGAUUUUCUUUCUGUGUUUUACCAUUAUUUUGUUGCUAAAAUAGUUGAUCAAUGUGAAAUUUGCACUAGUUUUGCUUUUUUAUUUUCAGUAUCUUAAUAAAUAAUGUCAGUCAUUCGUUUUUAAACACAUCAUUUUAUUUACUUCAUUGUGUGAAUCUCCACGGUGCUUAUUCGAAUUAUCUUAAUUUAGAUUUUAUAGGAUUUUGUGAAGUGCAAUGUGGUGCAAAUAAUAUUCCCUUACUGUAUUUUACGUGUGAAAUGUCACAACAUGGAUGCCCUGAGAGACUGUCGAAUAGAUCUAAGGGAUUCCAAGAAGAUGGUCAAAGCCAACCCACAAUGGAAGUAUUGGUGGAAACCCUCACGGGUACCGCAUUCGAAAUGACAGUGUCACCUUCUGAUACCAUAUUCGCUAUCAAGUCUAAGAUAUUUAGGGUUGAAGGUAUUCCAGUAUCACAGCAACACCUGUUGUACAACUUGAAGGAGCUAGAAGAUUCGUCUUCUCUCCAUGAGCAUGCGAUAUCGGACGGCGCUCGGUUGCGGCUCGUGCUCGGCAUGUGCGGGGGCCCGAUCACUACACGCCGCCUACCUCCGCCACAGAACGAGCCUUGGAGGGACAUUGAACGACUGCUCGACUCUAAUAGGGACGAUGGCGAGUGGGGCGGCAACGGGUGCAAGGUGACGGUGCUCGUGUUCCGAGAGGGCGAGCGCGUCAACAUGCUGCGCGUCAGGGAGAACCGCGACGGGUCCUACUCGCCGCUCGAUCACAACAAGUGUGAGGGAGACACACUACCAGUCCACACCACACAUGGCAACAUUGGAGCUCUUCGCCUGGUAUGGACUGGUCGUGAGUCUCCGCUGCCUCUUUCGAAUGACGUGAAAUUUUUCCCCGAUUUUAGGGUAAUUUCGAAGAUUUACCCCAAAAAGGAAAAUGGUAAAAAGUGCAUCGGAUGCGCUAUCGAGUUGGCCACACCGGUACGGAGCCGGAUUUUCAAAAUUCAAGAUGGCGGCCAAACCAGCGGCCAUUUUAUCCGAAAAAUUGGGUAUCGUCACCACGUCGAGCCGAUUUUGACGCACUUGGCGACAUUUGUCAGACUACUUCCGGGGAAACAAUUUUUAGGCAAGUAG